AUGUCAUAAUAAAAUUAGUAAUAAACAUAAGCUUAGGUUUUCACUAAAGAUGAGUUUAUUAGAUAAUACAAAAUGUUGUCAUAAAGCAAUAAUGAAUAUGAAAAAGAAGCAGCAAACUAAUAUAUUUUACAAUUUCAAACUUGUAGUGAAGUUUGGAUGGUAGCACGUGAAAUGAUUGUUGAUCCUCCAUCUUAAUAGUUAUAGGCUCUAGGCGCAUAAAUAUUAUGCAAUAAAUUAAAAAAUCAUUAUUCAUAAUUGAGUUCACAGUAGAAGUUGGAGCUUCGCAAAUUUUUAUUCAAUGUCCUUUAGCAGUACUGUUCAUUUGGGAAUUAAGUUAUUUCUAAAGUAGCUAAAAAUUAAAUAGUUCACAGUAUUGCUAUCCUAGGCUUUACUGGAAUUUUUUAAGAUUGGUAAACUUUCGUAGAAGAUAUCUGCGCCUUUAUGCGUUUAGAAGGAAGUGAUGAAUAUUUUAUAUGCGGAAUUGAAAUCCUAGAAAAUGUAGCUAAUUAAGAAAAUAUGGAAAAGGUUGUUACAGAUAUGAAAGCUUUCCAAAGAAUUAGAUCACUAUUUUAGAGUUAGGCUUCCUAAUUGUCAGGCAUUUUCAAUACACUUCUUGGACAUUAAAAUCAAAAUGUUGGGUUAAAAACUUUAGAUUGCAUUGAAAGUUGGGCAGGAAGCUAAUUCAAAUAUCAAAUUUUUUUAGAUGAACCUUUGGUUACAAAUCUUAUUAUUUUACUUAAUUCAAUUGAUGAAGAAGUGUUUGAAAGAGUAGCUAAAAUUAUGUUAGAAGGAAUAAAGCACUCUAACAAUGCUGACAUACUAGAAACAGCCAACGUUAAGUAGUCACUGAAUUUACUUAAAAUAGAGGAAGUGAGAUCUUUAAAAACUCUUAUAGAUGCCUUAGCAAUUAGGUUAAAUGAUUUUUUAACUAUGGAUUAAGUUAAUCCAGAAAGUAAAUUUUGUAAAUAUUAUGUUGAAAUUACAACAGAGAUAGCAUAAAAAUUCUCAAUUCUAAUACUUGAAAACUCUGAGCACUCUAUAAAAUUAUUGCAAUUGAUGGUUAUUUGCACUUAACAUCCAAACAGAAGCAUUUCAUACACAACUUUUGAGUUUUGGGUAUCAUUUUAUCGCACACUUAAAACAUAUGUACCAAAUAUUUAGGAUCCUUCAUCUGAUUGGUUGAUCUAACCCUAUCUAGAAGUUUUUAAAACUGUUCUUGAAAAAUCGAAGCUUAAAAAGCUCUCAGCUACAUUAGAUGGAGACGCUAAGAAAAAAUAAAAGAAGUUUUAACUUCUCAAAAAAUAUUCUUUAUUCUAAGAUGCAGAUGAUGGCAGUGAAUUUGGAGCAGAUUUUUCUUCUAGCCAAUAUAAAUUGGAUGAUUGUUGUCAUAAUGACAGUGGAGAUGAUGAUUUCUCAGGUCACUAGCCUUUAAGCUUUGAUCUUGACCAGAUAGAUUCAGCUUUUACUAAAAUAAGAGUUUAAAAUUACAGAAUUUAUGCACGUGAUAUUUUUAAUGUUGUUUAUAAUGUUCUCAGCUAAUUUAGGGGAUAAUAAGGAAUCAAUUCGUUGCUUUAAAUUCUUUACACUUUGAUUAACAAAGAGUAGUUUUUAGCUCAAAAUAAUUUCACUGAUGCAAACGAAGCAAACAAAAAUUACUAUAUUUCAGUGGAAGUUUGCUUAUUUGUUGUGUAGACUAUGGCUGAAAAUAUGUUCCCUGGUCCUUUGGAGGGUAAUGAUGAGAAUUACACUUACUUCUUUGAUUUUAUUGUCAAUAAUAAUGAAUUUCCUGCUCAUUAAAGCACUGUAAGCAUGGCUAUGCAGUUGUUCUAUAACGCUUAGGUGGAACUAACCAAAAACCCUUAGCUUUUUGACUCAACAAUUAAAUUUAUUUUAAGAUAUUUACUAGAUGAUAAUUUAGGGCUUAUGUCAGCCCAAACUUUUAGUGGUAUCAUUAAAGGAGUUGGCUAGAAUAAUUAUAUUGAAACAUUCAGAUUUGUUGCACAAUUUUUUGUUUAGAAUAUAAAUAAGAUAGUAAGAUAAGAUGUAAUGGAUGAAUUUAUUUAAGGUGUAUUUGGUUUUGCUCUGAGCCUCAAGACCGAGUAGCAUUAAUUAGAAGCUAUUUAGAACCUUCUUUAACUCAUUUAAUAAAUGUUAGACAACACUAAAAGCUCUAUUGAAAAUAUCACAGAAUAAAAGGAAAAAGAAAGUCUUCUUUUAAGGGCAAUAGGAAUUCUCUAGAGUCUCCUAAGCGGCUUUAGUACUGAAGCUAUAGGCUUAGAUGUUAAAAAUAGCAUAGCUACUUUCGUAUAACAAAACUUUGAGUUUUUAACUCUAGCAUUUGAUGUACUCACUAUGAAAACUAAUGCAGCUCCUUUAAUCAGCUAAUUCACUAGCAUCUUCAGAUACGUGACAAAGAUAUUUAAUGAUCAAAAUAAUAAUUUAGUUUUCUACGACCAAUAUAUUAUUUUCCUCAACACCUCCAUCAAAAUUUCACAGAGAAACCCUAUAUUAUUCUCUGAAACAAUGAGCAUUUUUAAAUAGAUUUUAGACCUUACUAAAAAUUCUAGCUAUCAUCAAAAUUUUUUAUUAUGGCUUGAACAAUAUUUCAAUGAAUACAACUAAUUUUAUAUAAAAUUUAUGACUCAAGCAGAUCCUUAAUAGCCUGCAGUAUUGUAUCCACAGAUCCAAUUAUAGCACUAAGUUGCACCUGCAGAUAAAAAUAAAGACCCAGAUUUAAUUACAAACUUUUAUGACAUAUAGUUCAAGGUGAUUACUUAAUUUACUCAAUAUUAUCUAAACCACAAUAGUUUUAGAGCAGUUAUAGAAUUAUCAUUUGAUGUAAUCAAAAGUAUAUCUCACUAUGAAAUGACUCGCUCGAUAAUAAUAUUUUAUUAUGAAUUCAUAAAACAUUGUUCGCAAUUCCCUUAAACACAAGAAUACGUGCUUAAAAUAUUAGAUACUACUAUUGAUAUUUUAACAAAUGUAAAUAGCAAUCUGAUUCACAAUAUUUCAAAUUUAUUUAUAAAGUUUGUUGAUAUCAACAAAGAUCAUUGCGAAUAGCUGAGAGAAUAUAUAAUGAAGUGCUUCUAGUAAAAAGAAAAAUAUUCUUAAUUUAAUGAUAAUUAGAAGAAAAUUCUAGUUGAUUGCAUCAUCAAAUUCUCUCUCGAAAACAACAAUCUUAAUUAAUUAAAGUCUCUUCUCAGUGAUUUUUAUCAAGUCUAUAAAGGAAUCUUUUCUGCCAAAGAAAUGUUCAUGAAUUAUGAGAUGAAACUUAAAGGAUUUAAUCACAACAACCAAAAUAAUCAAGCUUCACAAAAUGGCGCAAUCAAUCACAUUUCACCUAACUUCUUAAAUCAACUAUCAAAUACACUUUUAUUAAGAAAUUAACCCAUCAAGAACGCAAGUGAUCUUGAUGACCUAUUUAAGUGA